AUGUUCUCUUUCCAACCUCUGUCUCUGGUCCGUGCCGCGAUCAGUGGGUCUCGCUUGUCCCAAUCUAUCUCUGCCGCCAGCCUCGGUGCCAUCGACGUUGACUACUUUUUGGAGAGCCUCGAGUCGGCUGGUUCGACUAUCUUCCCAAAGCUACUUGGCGGGCCCGAGCCGAUCGUUCCCAGGUACAUCGCUCCUACUCCCAACGCCGCCGCUGUUCGCAAGGCUAGGCCUGCUCCAUCUAGUGCCUCGUACAACAUUCUGGCCUCGCAGAACCUCUCUCUGAAACGCCGAAUCCGCUCGCUGGAGGCCGACAAUCAAACGCUCAGCACUGCCGUUCAAUAUCUGGACCAGAAGCUUAUCGACGCCAAAGACGAUCACGACCACGCAAAAAUGAUGCUGGCUUCCGACCUUGGUGCUUUGGAGCACGAAAUGGUCGAACUCAAAGCCAAGUACUACACUGAGCUUUCGGAUGGGCGGGCCCUCCGAAGACGGGCUAAAGUCGAUAAAGACGAGCUUGUUAUGCUAAGGGAUAAAUUCGCUCAGGCUGAAAAGUUCAUCUCUUCUAUGGCCGAACUCAACGCUGCUGAGCCUGUCUUCCGCCGUGCCGCCCAGGCCUUCAAGGAUGGUAAAACCGCUGAAGAUGCCCUCGUCGACUCUAUCAAGGAUGCUACCAAUAACGGCGGACCAGUACGGUCUCGAAUUAUGCCAGGUAUCGUUGAGCUUGGGACACCCAACCAUUCUUUGGUACCAUUCAAUUCCCACCAAAAGACUCUCCAAGAUCGAGAAAACGCGAUUCAAAUCUCCAAGCAGCCGGCCCAGACAGUCCCAACUGCAUCGUCCACCGCCACGCCCUCCUCGCUUAACGACGUCGAUGAUGCAAAAUGUGACGCAGUUGUUGAAAAGCAACAACAUCAACCCCAUACUCUCGACGACCCGUUCAAUUGCUCAAAAAAUGGCGAAGACAUUUUCCCCAGUUCCUUUUCAACACCUUCAAGGCACGCAGGCUCGGCUACUGCACCUUCUCUAGACAAAACAACAAGAUCGCCUUUUGAUGAGGUCGAUUUAAAUCGAUCGAUCGAUUUCUUUUCCAGCUCGGAGAGUUUUAUCGAAACACCUACCAAAUCUUCCGCAAAGGCAUUGGGUAAGCGGCGGGCAACUAUGAUGAAAGCCCAGCGCGUUUCCACCUCUCCGAUUUGCUCACCGAAACUUCGCAAGGUUGUGCCGCGCGUCCCAGACGAGUUGCUCACCUUGACAGACUCAAAAGGUCGGCGAGUGACCUCUCUUGACACCAGCUUGGCCUCGUCUACUAUGCCAACAUGCGAACCCGCCAUUGACGUACCCAGUACGGCUGUUCCCAACACCAAGCUUUUGACUGCCGCACAGUCAGACACUAGUGAUCCCUUCACGAAGACCGAGGAUGAAGCUCAGCUGGCUGAGCCAUGUGUUCUCUCGUCUUCCGGGGUCGUUGCCAAACCUGGUCCAUCAUCGCUUGCCUUACAGACCACUUUAGAUUCCUCGGCGCCAGCCGUGAACGAAGGCUCGCUACUUGCGGUACAGGCACUUCAGUCACUUGAGCGAAUCUGUGCGGCCUUCAGCAGCGACACCCUUGGGUCGCUAGAAAUGACUGAGUCUGAGUCUGAGUCUGAACCAGAUCUUGAGAGCCUGAUUUCGAUACUCGAACAGGAGAUUUCUUCCACCAACUACGCUGGCAAUGCAUCCUUUUCUGGAAGCCCAACUACACCCCAAACCAAGAGGAACGUCGUGGACCAGGACGAAACACCAAAAGCUCCAAUAAUCUCGAAGUUUGCAUCACCUCGUUCCACACCCACCCCUCCCUCAAGUAAAAUGAAGCAGCCAUCGUACAGGUCCCCCGCCACAUUGUCAAAAGCCGUUUCGCCAAGACCAUCCCCUUUACUACCUCACAGCGUUUUCCGCGACCCAGCAUCUUCCCCAAAGCCAAGGACUGAUCGCAUUCAGCAGUCCCCAAACAUUCCAAGUAUGCCUCUUUCUUCUAUGCAUGCUGUCGGUCCUCUUAUUGGAAACAACGCUUCACGUGUUUCUGGACAUGCCAUCUCUACUCCAUCGACUUAUCCUACUCCUUCUCAAUCUCCGCUGGCGGAGUCUAUGAACCCCCUUGAGCGGCGAAUUCACUACGUUCUCGAACCAACGCAACCACUUCGUAUCGUGAAGAAGUCGGCACAAAAACCCUCUUCAGCCAUACAAAGCUCAGUUCUAUCCGACGUCGUUCCUCCUACUGCAAGCAGCUCCUCAAAUCCUUCUGGACCUGCAACGAAUACAGCCAUUCCAUCAAAUCACGACCCCGUUCCCGCCGCAAGCCAUACACGACACUCGAGCAAUUCUCAGACCCCGCUGGCGGAGUCUUUGAAUCCCGUUCAACGGCGGAUCCAAUAUCUUUUGCAACCAACACAACCCCUUCGCAUCGUGAAAAAGUCGGCGCAAAAGGCCUUCUUGGCGACCCAAAGGCCACCCCUGUCUAACGUUACAAAUAUCGCUGCUCCCACCUCAUCAGCUAAACCAACCGUCACAGACAAAUCCAAACCCCCUUCUGUAAAUACUAAAGGCAGUAAGAACGAGAACCGUCCCCCUACGGCGUCGAAAAAUCGGCCCAUCAGCAGAAUAGCUUCUGUCAUCAACCCCGCUUCGACCCGACCGCGAACCCGACCUACUCACAAAACUAUUGACAGUAACGAUUUCGGAAGUAUCACAAUCAUUCGAAACACCCCACUAGACAGUCCUCCGCCCUCUCGGCCUGCUGGAAUAGUUCCUAAAACCCCUCCCCUGACUUCGAUCCCUAAGUUGAUUUCGCGAAAGACACAAAACGAUGAUACCCCGAACAAGGCUGCUACGGCGAGACCGAAAAAGCAACUUGCAUCCCCAUCUCUUCGGCCUGCUUUAGACUCCAACAGCGCUCCGUCACCGUUGGCGUCGGAUAGGCAGCCGAUCCUCAAAAGUAAUCUACGCCUCAGUAUCUCCUCCUUGACGUCGAGAGCACAACAAGUCACUUGGUCACCGCGGGCGGUCGAAGUUCUUGCCACUAAUGCUACCCCAUCAACCCCCUCAAGUCCAACAAAAAUGCCGAUGCGACUGAAUGCUCAGUCUUCAUUCCAGGUCGACGCGAAAAAUAUCCACUCACCGCUAACAAAAUUGCGCAUGUCCCUCUCCCCGUCUUCGAGAGGGGUUUCGAGUACCGAUGACUCCAACAAACUAAGGGCGACUCAGAACGCUGCAACUCCUUCGGGAACCACUAACAUCAAACAAAAGACAGCUACACCGCCAUCUAGAGGCAUUCUGCGGAGACUCAGUGCUGCCAUUUCUUGA